CCGUGCCGGUGGUGGGGCGGGAUGCACCGCCUUAUGCCGGGCUGGAGCGGACGGGCCCCGCUCUCCGCCGGCAACGCGAUGGAGGCCGCCCCCCUGGAAACUGUCCGGUUCUGGGCUCCUGAGUACGAGGGAGACACGGAGCUCCUGCAGAAGGUCCAGCAGAAGGCUAUGAAGAUGAUUAAGGAACUGGAACACCCCUCUUACGGGGAAAGGCUGAGGGAGCUGGGCCUGUUGAGCCUCUAAAAGAGACGAGUGAAAGAGAACCUCGUCCGUAUCUCUAAGUAUGUGAAGGGAGAAUGUGACGACGAUGGACCGGGCUCUUCUCGGCGGUGCCAAGCAAUAGGACAAAUGGCAAUGGGUAGAGACUGGACGCACUGCAAGUUCAAUCUAAAUAUGAGUAACAACUUUAUUGUGCAGAUCACCAAGCACUGGGACAGGUUGACCACAGAGAGUGUCGAGUCUUCCUCCCUGGAAAUACUGAAGAACGGUCUAGACACAAUCCUGUGCCCUCUGUGGUGACCCUGUUUGAGCAGGGGGGUUGGACCAGAUGACCCACUGUGGUCCCUCCCAGCCUGACCCUCUCUGUGAUUAUACGAUUCUGUGAAACUAUUUCGCUUUAAAAUCCCUCCCGAGAGCACCAACCCAUCGCCUUUCCCCCAAUAUUUCCACAGCAAUCUGAGACCUGGCGCAGCGUCUUUAAGGGGCCCGUUAAUACACAGAAAACAUUGAAUGUCCCACUCUUCCCCGCCCCACGAUAAUUUUGAGGGAAAAGGAGCCUCUGUAAAAUCCUGAAACGCGCCGAGCCUCGCAAGUUCCGCUCUCUCCCUCCUGGGGAGCCGAGCUCCUUUCCGCGGUCCCGCCUCUGCUCCGCCCUAGAGGUGCUGCCCUUCCUUGAGCAUCCCUCGAGAUGCGGACCCAGCGCUGAGUCCCUGCUCUCUUGGCUCACAUCUGUGACUGCGCCUGGACGUUUGUCCUCUUGAAAAGACACUACUUAUUUUUUAAUAUUUAAAUAUAUAUAUAUUUAUUUUUUUUAAAGUUAAUUGAAAGAAAUCAGAUCAGAUCUGUUACCCUUGUCCUCACCAACUGGGAUAGUUUCUGCCAAGUUUUCUGACUCCCAGAAUGGUGGUGGCCAACUUUUCCCAGACCAGGUUUUUGGAAAUUGAAAGUUAGCUAUAGAUGAAGACAGAAUAAUAAAGUACAAAGCUGCUGUCAGGAUCCAGCGCUGGUUUCGAGCAUGCCGUGUCCGAGCCUAUCUGAGAUAUCUGAGCAAAAUGGCGACUUUGAUACAGAAGUGGUGGAGAGGUUAUCUAAGAAGAAAAAGCUUCAAAGAAGUAGUGGAGAGAGCAUAUUUUAUUAAGAAGGAGAAAUUCUACAAUGAAAUGGCUGUCAGGAUCCAGAAAACGUGGCGAGGCUAUUAUGUUCGGAAGUAUAUCCAUAAUUUUUAUGCACUGAAGAAAUACCUGGAUGCUGUUUCUGUGAAUAAUGAGCUUGUCAGGUAUGAACUUCAAGAAUUUGCAGAUAUGAAGGAAAAUGAAGAGAAAAUGAAAGACCUGGAAAAGAAAGAAAAGGAAAAGAAAUACCAAGCCCGAAAGAUGCAUUACCUCCUUAGCACUAAGCAGAUUCCAGGUGUCUACAAUUCACCAUUCAGAAAAUCCCCAGAUCCAAUGGAGCUGCUGCUACAGCAGUCAAAGCCACUGACCCACAGGAAGCAGCAAGUGAAGAGUCCCUUUGCUGAUGAGCUCUAUGGCUGGCCAACCUGUAAAGAGCCUCCAGGUUUUGUGGCAUCACUGCCUGUGCUACCUGCUGACAGACAGAAACCUCAGGGGCCGUUCCGCGAUCCCGCUGAGGUGCUGCAGCAGCGCUACAAGCUCAUGGAACCAACCCUGCGAGUGAGAGAGUCCAUGUAUUCAUCACCCCCCAAGGCCAGAGAGCCAACACGAGGGGAGGAAUGGAGAGAUCCCAUCCAUGACAAUCAGUUUCUGCCAUUUUCUUCAUAUCAUAAAAAUCAUGAGAAGUAUGAGCCAUCACUUUUUACAUCAGGCAAAUAUGGCCAAGAAGCUUAUGGAACUAAAUAUUUCAGAGAAGUAUAUCCUAAGAAGUGGGUAGCAGACAAGGACUUUGAAACACUGUUUUCAUCAAUUGCUCUCUUCGAAAAGUUUGGAAAAACUUACUCCAGCACUGGGCAAAUACUGUAAUUGUCCUGGAGACACAUCGAAAGUAGUCAAUAAAUGCAUUUCAGCAAAUAUACAGCCGUAUGUUGACUAAAUGUUCCAUAAACUACUCUUUUUGUGAUGGAUACUGUGUCUGAAGUAGUUUUAAUUGAUUUUGCUUGAACUUUAGGCAAUAUGGCUUCCAAGAAUUAUCAAAAAUGAAUUUAGAAAAAAGUUUUAUCUUAAAGUAAUAAUUUCUGAAAAAAACUGUAUUUUAUUUAGUAUAAAUAAUUUAGAAUACAAAAUCAGAGUCAUUAAGUGAAAUACUCAGAAUCAGAUUUAUUUAUUACACAUUUUUAAGUGAGGUUAACACUAAAAAACAAAAAAAGUGUAAAAUUUAUCUCUUUUUUUCCCCUCACAACUAUAAAUGUAUCUGGUUCAUCACUGUUAUUCAUCAUCUUCAGUGUUAGGUAUCCUUGACUGAUUCGUGACUUCAGAAGUGCAGGAUAGGCAUUAAAUGGAAGAUAACAUAUUUUAAAUCCUGUUAGCAUUUCUGUGGGUGAAAGAACUUGAGUUUUAAAAAAAUAAAGUUCUGAUAUCAUAUAUACACCUUAUUACUCGGUCAGUUUUUCUAUUUCCAUUUAAUUGUCUUUAUCAGUACCUGUGCAUUAACUCCUUGUCCCAUAUGCUGUGAGUACAAAAUUGUGUGAUGCUUGGUCAGAAGAACACAUUUGAGCACGCAAAACUUAUGCUUGUUUCCUCUGUUCAUUCCUGCAAAAUAUUGAGUAUCCUCAGAGCCCAUCCACUUCAAAAAGCUCAAAGAAUUCAGCAUCACAGGAAGAUCUCAGCAUAUCUUAAGAUCAAAUUACAAGCUAAUUCUUAAAAUCAUGUGAGUGGAUUUUUACAGGAAUUUUAUGCUGAAUUUUCUGUGAUACCAUAUUUGCUUUUCAUAUCAUUUGACUAUAUUUGAAUCAAAUAUUGAUUGUUUAUCUGUUACUCAAGGGUAGGCUUUUUAGUACUGUUUUUUAAAUGUGAUUCUUAUGGCCCCAAUAAAUGUGAAUUAAACUUC